GAGCAAUUCAAUAGAGCUCGGGCAUGGGUCAUCCUCCUUAUCAUGUUUCCAACUGUGGCUUCACAAUGGACUUCCAUGUGGAGGAUUUCCACCCAAAUUCCCUACCCCUUCAGCGGAAGCAGUUAUUUAUAAAUGCCAAGCCAUGCAGAAAGCAGUGGUGAACAAACUCCACAUGUCAACUAAACCACCACCACCCAUCCUUAUUUCCCUCUAACUGGAAAUCCUCAGAAAACCAUCUUAACAUCCUUCUCGUCUUCCUCCUCCAAAUCUCCAACCUUCCUCCUCGCUCUCUCUCCCUCCCAUCUAGUUCUUAUAUCUUCUUCGUUCGUUUUUACUACAAGAUCAUGGCUACCUUGGGUAGCUUGAGCUCAUUGUUUGAGAAACCGCUGCCCGACAACCUGACGCUGUUUGAUUCUCUGUCCUCAUGGAACCAAAUCAAGCCCAAGCAACCAGCGGAAAACUCGUCCUUCACCGAGAUCUUUGGCGAGCUUCACUUCCAAGAGAAGCCUGCACCGCCCGCCAAUCCACCCUCCGAUCAUGAGAAGAGUGGCAGGAAUGGCUACGGAUGCCAACCCAAGAGCAACGGAGUCUUCUCUGCGAAGAAUUCCGAGUCCCUGCAGCUAUGCACUGAAGGGCUGGGCUCCGAGAGCUCGGAUGAUGUCGACGACUUGAUGAAGGAAGGUGGCGAUGAUUGCGGUGAUCUCGAGAAAGAGGAGGACACAGAGAGGCGCGCGCAUGGUGGUUACUCGAGAAGUUUGUCGGAGGUGCGAUCGAGGAGCGGCGGCGGGUUCCCGCCGCCGAUAUCGUCCAUCGGGAAAAGCGGCAAGCCAUGGAUCUCCUUCAAAUCUUAUAGGGAGGACGGGAGGUUCGUUCUGAGAGAGAUCAGGAUCCCCACUUACGAGUUCUUGCAAGCCUCGCGGGAAGACGGGCGGCUCAAGCUGCACAUAGUCCACCCAGAUGAACCCAUUUCAGAAGGAGAAGAAGAACAAGAUGAUGAAGAAGAAGAGCAGGAUGAUGGAGGAGGAGGACAAGAAGAAGAAGAAGAAGUAGCUGAUCAAGGGCAAAGCACUUGGCAAUCCGUGUAGAUUGGCUCCAUGCCAUCUGUUGGGAGUUUCUUGAGGCCGUCUGAAAGAAAAGGCAGAGGAAAAAGAAAGAAACAAAGCACAAAGGUUAUGGCAAAAAAAGAUAACUGAGAGAAAAUAAUCAUGAGAAAUAAGGAUUUCUACUCUUUUAUGUUCUUAAGCACAGUGAUGGUGAAUAAAUUAUAGCUUCAGGUUUAAGAGACAUGCUAAGCCUCAGGUUCGCAUUGUCAAAAUUGGUAUGAGAGAUUCUCUGUCAGUCGUGUGCAAACUUUACAGGAGGAAAAAUUACAGUAUCCUAUACAUCACUGCCGAAAGCUAUCUAAUGCUAGCCCAUGCUUAGUUUUAUAAGCCUUUUCUGAAUAAAACAAUGCAUAUACAAAUAUGUUAUUAAUAUGUGAUGAUAUGUUUCACAAUGAUUGAGAUAAUUUUUCUUCA